AUGGAGGCAGCGCGAGAAAAGACACUCCAGGCGCAUUUCGCCUCGUCGGCUCCAGAUCGACCCAUCAUUACAUCCCUCAACGGGGACAAUUCCUGGCUUCUUUCCUUUCCCCGCCCGAGCGCUGAGCACGUUACGACAGGCAGAGCCUAUUAUCACAUUGUAUUUGAGCCGUGGCUCAACGGUCCCACUUCUCAAUUCUCUUCGUGGAUCAUUCAUCUCGGGCUCCCGAACACUCCCGCAUUCACCACUCCUGAAGCCAUCGCCGCCGUAGCCCGUGAAAUAGAAGCUGCAGCCGCAGAGGCUUCGACGAUCACGGCUGACAAAGUGCCGAAAGGCGAUGAUCUACGGCACGGGCAAGACAUCGACGCCAUCUUUCUCGGCUUCCACUACUUGGACCAUGUCCACGAGCCCACACUUCGCCUCUUCGAUCCAAGCAUUCCCGUCAUUGCCACUCCAGAGGCUCAAGGCGUCAUCAGGCCGUGGAACCACUUCACCACCAUCUUGACUAUUUCGAGUCUCGACGCGAAAGCGAAGUCGUGGCACGGUCAUGAGCUUCACCCGGGAGAACCGUUUCCCUCAUGGUUGACCCCCAUUCGACUGUUAGGCCAUCACGAGCUGAAUUAUGUCAUGGCUAUCAUCUGGACACACUCCACCGGAAAUGGCAACGAGAUUCACGAAGCCAUCCUUCAAAGUCCACACGGUACGAAGCUCGAUUCAGGCCCCCUCGAGGCUUUUCUGGACUCUGAACCGGAGACCGAAAAAUUGGCGCUUCUGCAUGGCCUCAAAGAGAGCCGCGCUGCGGGCUGGUUGAACACGUAUGGAGCUGCCAGUGGUUUAGCCCUAUAUCGUAGGGUCGGAGGGACGAAGUAUUGGGUUGCGACUCAUUCUGCGCCGUUGCAUUACUCGGGCAUCUUUAUGCGACUCCUCCGAGUCAACGACACACCUCGAACGCUGCAAUGGGCACUGGAUAAGGAGAAACAGAAUGGCAGCGAAGCGUUGGGGCCAUCACCCAGCACCCCAAAUCUUAUUGAAGUUGAGAACGGGGGCUGCCUUGUGCUUUCCUAG